AUCCCGUUUCUGGACACCCUUAUCACCAGGAGGGAGGACGGAUCCAUCAAACUACUGGUCUACAGGAAAGCCACAUACACAGACCAGUACCUGCCAUUUCAAUUACAUCAUCCACUUCAGCACAAAAUUGCUGUCAUACGGACCUUAUUGGAAAGGAGUGACAGCAUUGUCCCGGAAGAAGGAGACGGUAAACAAGAGGAAGAACACAUAAGAACAGCCCGCCAUACAUAUGGUUACUCGGAUUGGGCGAUAAAGAAGGUCAAAGAGCAAAUGAACAGAAAGAAAGCUUUUAGAAAAGAUAAAUCCAAGAAAGAUAAAGCACAAAAAAAAAGCAAGAGGAGUGGUGACUAUCCCAUACGUCCACUCAUUCACGGAGAAAAUACAACGCAUAUUCACCAAACACAGGGUAGCCACAGUGGUUAAACCUCAAACCACCCUCUUACAGGUUUUUAGUUCACCCGAAGGACAAAGUUGA